AACUUUGCUUCCAUUGCUAUACAACAACAACAAUAAUGAUGUCUAUAAUAUCUCUUUUCAUUUUCUUAUUAAUCUCGACGAUGACAUCGACAAGUUCAUGUCAGCUUGAUUUGAUUCGAAGACUUCUUGGUCCCACCCAAAUCCAUGGAAUGCUCUAUUGCGCUAUUGAUGGGAGUGUGAUCUAUGGGCAAAUGAUCCCAACAUUUCCGAAUGCCGAGGUGCAAAUGCAAUGCGGAGCCGGAACGGUAGUUUCAUCCGUCAAGACCGACGCCACCGGCAAUUUCUCCAUUCUUAUCGAUGCUCCUCGAUUGAUGCUCCCUUUUUUACUCACCAAUUGCACUCUUGUUGUCACUACGCCGCUUUUCGACUGCAACGCCGAGCUGCCAUCGUUCGGCGUCCUCGUCUCACCGCUGCAGCUCAUUGGAAAUACCUUCCAUGGACUCUUCAAUGUCACCAAUUUCAUUCCGGUAGGGUUCCGAUUCGUUAAUAACAUAUGAGGAAAAUUUCUUCUGUUUUUGUUGUGCUCUGCCUUUUUAACUCAUUUGAAUAAAUAAAGUACUUGAUCUUUAGAACGAUGGUUUUCUUUGUUUGAUUUUGAAAGAAUUUGAUCAGGAUUUUAUUUGUUGUAAUGAUGUAUGUGAUGAUGAACACUGAGGUUGCUAAUAAUAUGUGUUUCAGCCAAUAAUUUGGUUGAAUCAAUAUUUGCAAUUUCAA